UUCAAAUUAUGAAUUGAAUAUUCCGAUGGAGCGCUUACAACCUCCAUAUCGCUACCUUAUCAUCUUGGACUUGGAGGCCACAGCGGUUGACCUUUCGAAGCUAUCGGAGCAAGAAAUCAUUGAAUGGCCUUGGGCUGUUUAUGACAUCGUUCAAGCUAGAGUGCUGGAAACGCAAGUUGUUGUGAUAAAGGGACCCGCCUAUGACAAUUCAAACCGCAGUGUAGAAAGUUACAACGGAAGUAAAGACGUUGUUAUAGCACAAAAUUUAAGGGAAGCUGUUUUAUAUUUUGACAACUUUAUUUUUGAGAAAUUCAGUACAACUGGGAAAAGCUUUUGUUUAUUGACCGACGGGCCUUGGGAUCUUAGACACCUUUUGUUAGUUGAGGCUUCCAGGAAGAAUAUUAAACUUGCACAUCACUACAGGGUAUUUUUUGACCUUAGAGUGGAGUUUCGUCGUUGUUUCCCACAAGGACCUAUUCCAAGAGAUAGGCAGAUUAUGACCAACUUUCUGGAUAUCCCUUUGGUUACGGCAAAUAACGGGCUAGAAGAUUGUUACAGUAUUGCAGCUAUAAUUACUCAAAUGCUUCUGCAAGGUUAUGUUUUUUCAGUUCCAGAACUCAUCUCUAAUGAAGAGUGGUUCAAAGGGGGUCUACCCUCAGUCGGAAAUGGUGGUGUUCACUUGGCAGUUCCGUUACCAGCCAUUCCGAUACCCUAUGAUUUGCAAUCUUCUUCUCUUUUGGGCUCUGCUAUUGAAGCUUCUCCUGUUGCAGCUGGUGUACCAACAGGGAGUAUAAUUCGUUUGCGUGGUUUGCCUUGGUCGGCUACCAAAGAAGACGUUUUGAAUUUUCUAGAAGGAGCUCAAGUCAUUCCUUGUGCUGUUCACUUUGUCUUAAAUCAACAAGGAAAGCCAAGAGGUGAGGCAUUUGUGCAAUUGUUGAGUGUAGAUGAUGUUAAUAGAGCGUUGGAACUCCAUCGUCAAGUUUUGGGUCAUCGGUAUAUCGAAGUCUUCAAGUCGACUCCACAAGAAAUGUCGACUGUUCUUUCUCGGCAAAAUGGAAGAAGCACUUCCUUGGCACCUUUUUCGAGGACAACCUAUUCCAAUGUUUCCUCCAUAGACGAUAGUAAACCUUUUUUCAUUAUUAGAAUGAGAGGACUACCAUUUUCUGCGUCUGCAGAUCAAGUUGCUCGUUUCUUCGAUGGCAUAGAAAUUGCAGGUUGUAGAUCUAAUGGAGGUAUUCACAUUGUGCAGAAUCAAGAUGGACAUCCUAUAGGUGAAGCCUUUGUGGAAUUUGCCUCUGAAGACGCUUUAAACAAAGCUUUACAACGACAUAAACAAAUGAUGGGAAAGAGAUAUAUCGAAUUAUUUCGUAGCUCUUUGAUGGAAAUGUUGAAUACAAUCGAACGACAUGGAGGCCCAGUAGCACGGGCAGCUAUUGAAGCUACUGUUUGUGAGAAUAGUGUAGGUACUUCAUCACGUAGCGUCCUCAAUAGUGAUGCCUCAACUUGCUCUUUUCUUCGUAUUCGUGGUCUUCCAUUUGAUACUACUGUAUCUGAUAUCACAACGUUCUUUGCAGAAUAUCGUAUCGUUCCUGGAGGAAUUUAUUUUGUAAACAACGGAUUGGAUCGCCCAAAAGGUGAAGCCUUUGUUCAGUUUUCUAGUGUUGAUGAAAGAAAUGAUGCUUUGAAGAAGAAAGAUAAACUUUACAUGGGUAGUCGUUAUGUGGAGUUAUUUGAAGCCUCAGAAGCAGAAGUAUCGGCGUUAUUGGGAAGUAAUCUUUGUUCAACGAUCACGAGUGCAGCGUCUUCUAUUGCCAAUUCAUCCUCAGCAAAAUCUACCUUUUCAAAUCCUAAUACUAAAAGCAAUGAGUUGCUUACGUGGGAAUCUGUCGGAAGGGGUUGGGAUGCUUCAUCCUGGAAGUCAAAUAUACCAAAAAGUCACAUUAUUCCAAACAGAACGGUAAGAAUGAGAGGUUUGCCAUUCAGAGCUACCAUAUCGGACAUUCAGUUUUUCUUUUCGGACUUUCAUAUCACGGAAUCAGACGUAGUACUUGGUUUUGAUAAGAUGGGCAGACCUUCAGGAGAAGCAUGGGUGACCUUUGGUACAGAGGAAGAGGCUCGUAACGCAGUAUCUCAAUUACAGCAUGCACAUAUUGGAAAGAGAUACAUCGAACUUUUUCUUUGUACCCAGGACAAAUCAGUGUCAUUAGGUUCAGUAUCAUUAGAAGGGAAAGGGGAUUCUGUAUAGAGAGAGGCUUUUUCAAAGGAUCCUCGUCCUUUUGUGGGUUAAAAGACGAGGCCAUUUCAACUUUUGUGGGGGUUUUUGUCUCGAAACAAUUGAUAUCAAAAACAAUAUAGUCGCAAUAUCAGUAGAAUAAAGAGAAAAAUAAGUGGUUGCCUUGUAGGUCAUUUUUAUUUGAAAAGAAGCAUUCUUUCCAGUCUGCCUAAUUAAUUCCAU